CGCUCUGACUCCAUUCACUUCAGAGUCCUACACAGCCAAGGACCUGUGCAGACUGCUGCAAGACAGGCUCUGGAUAGCACAGCACGGACAGCUUUCUCCCUUGUGAUUUCCCCGGAGGAUCUGCUCGUUUGGAUUAUAUUCUUUUAGGACUAUUAAAUACUAUCAUAGAAAAAUAGCCGUGCGUCUUAAUCCUGUCUCAUUCGAGCAGCUGCGUUUCUUGAUUUACAUAUCAGUAAAGUGGGCUGAAGUUUGAAGCCUAUUUGUUUAAGAGGGUGAAGGACAAGUGCAAUGCGCGUCAGACUUGUCUCUUGGGAUUGUUCCACUUGCGCCUGAGGAGCUAUGCCGAACUGCCGCACAGAGCUUGUUCAAGAGGACGUAGUCCAAUGUGAAUAACGAGAGUCAACUUCCAGCCUCUUCAGCUUUUCACAGUCACAAGCAAGUGCAGCACGGAGUCUGACAGAGCCCGCUGAGCAGCUCUGACACCCCCUGUUUCUCUCCCCGAGGGGAUGGUUGUGGAUCCUGUGGGGCCAGGAGCGAUUCCGCGGCUCCUACAGAAUAGCAUCUGUUUCUUUUUCUUGGUUAAAUCUAAAUUAAAGGGAGAUGAGAGCCGCACUUUGUUACUUCCUGCUGUGGACGACGUACCUGCUGCUGGCCACCUCUGAGGAAGUGGAGUUUCCCCAGGAGCUGAUAGACAGACUGUCCCACAGUGAAAUCCACAGCAUCAGCGACCUCCAGCGGCUACUGGACAUUGACUCCGUAGGUACGGGAAACGAUGUUAUUGAGGAGCCCAAGCACCACAAGCACCACAACCACCAUAAGAACUACUCCCGUCAUCCUGGUUACUACAAUGACCUGAAGAGCUCCCAGCUCCACAGCCGACGCAAGAGGAGCAUCGUAGAGGAGGCGGUCCCGGCGGUGUGUAAGACGCGGACGGUGAUCUACGAGAUCCCCAGGAGCCAGGUGGAUCCCACGUCUGCCAAUUUCCUGAUAUGGCCGCCCUGUGUGGAGGUGAAGCGCUGCACGGGCUGCUGCAACACAAGCAACAUGCGCUGUCACCCUUCCCGCAAGCACCACCGCACCGUUAAGGUAGCAAAGGUGGAGUACGUGAGGAGGAAACCCAAGCUGAAAGAGGUCUUUGUGCGGUUAGAAGACCACCUGGAGUGUGUGUGCACGUCACAGCAUCAUGUGGUCGAGCACUCAGACGCAGAAACAGUGGACGUGAGGUGAGACCAAUCAGAACAAGGGACUUCAGCGUGGGAGGGACCUAAAUAGAGAAUUCCACCAACAGGAGACCUGCUCUGUCCUCUUCCCCACUGCCAUGCAACCUUCGUUAAAAAAAAAUCUAACUUUUCUGUAAAGACGACAGACUGAAACAAGAGACAAAAAUAAAUAAGAUGCCAAAGGUGCUUUUUCUCAAAAAACAGUAACCAGUGAUGAUGACUUCCUCUGUGGUACGCCCCCUACCCAGACAACUGAACCCUGAAUAAGCAGAAAAGAGCAUCUUUCUCCGUAGAGCUCGGACAGGGCAGAAAGAGGCCGAAGGGAGAUGAUGAAAGGGAUUUGUGUUGAACAUUUUGACAGAUUUUGUUUGAACAAGAUGUACAACAGAAACGGCUAUGGAACAGUUGGAUCAAGCUUUCGUGGGAAUCUGGUGCUCAGAGUCCAAAACAGCGGUGGACGACCUCCAGCUGGGAAACAUGAAAGCGCUGUGCCCUGUUUAAAUGACUCUUGCAAACACAGGAAGGAAGAAAGAAAGAUAUAGGAAAAACAAUGGAAAGAGAGAAAGAGAGAGAGAAAUGGAGGUGUUUUUUUACCCCCAUAAGACUCUCUAUGGAGUAUCAAACAUUUUGAGUUUUGGGAUGUUUGCUCUGAUAAAGAGGAAAUCUUCUGUGAGACCCUUGGUGGUCUGUGACUUUGCCCACUUGCUAUGUACAGUUAAAUUUGAGAAGGAAGAUGCGCCGCUACUUAGAAACUAUUUAUACGUGUGGACGUUUGCUUUCUGUCUCUUCCAGUACAAAAGAAAGAACAAAAAAGAUGUUUUGAUGAUUUUGGAGAAAUGCAAGAGUUCUGUGUGGUCCGGUUUCUUGUAACCAUCAGUAUCACAAUCUCAAUGUCAUUUUUUUAGUCAAUGUUAUUCUUGUCAUCCAUGUUUCUUAUUAUAUUACAGUAUAUCUGAAUGAUGUCAAGUCUUGUAUAUGGUUUGGAUAUAUGUGUGCAAGGAGGAGAUGUGAGAGUCAGUACAGGAAGAUGCUUUAUUUUUGUUAUGAAAUAUAUUAAGCUUACUUAUA